AUGAUGAGGUGCCACGUAGAGCUCACACAUAAACUGUUGUGUCCCGCGGUGCAGAGGAAAGAACAUUUGCUCUUCCCGCUCCCGAGUCUCUGCUUCCCCAGUGAGGCAGUGAUCCCCUCUCUCGCCAUUUUCGCCGUUCGUCUAGCCACCGUCGCGUUCAAGGUUCCCCUCUCUCUCUCUCUCUCUCUCUCUCUCUGAAAUAUUUUCGACACCCCCCCCCCCCCGAGUCUCCUGCUUCCCCAGCCACCGAAACAGCCCCUCCCUCCUCGAUGAAACCGAAACCCAUAAAACCCUAAUUUCGAAAAAUCGAGCUCUGCUAGAGGCAAAAGGGGGAGCUUGCAGAAGGGAUUCUGUUGCCGUAAAAAUCACAUCGAAAGCAAAGCACUUUCCUUGCUGUGGCUUCAUUUUAGGCCUUCAUCCGAGAUUCAGAGUCAAUUCCCUUGCAUUCCUGUUCUCAAAUCCAAUCCAUUAUUCAAUUACGAAAACUCCAUUUUUUUUUUGCGUGAAAUCAGUGCAUCUGUUUUACCCCAUCCUGAAGUGGCAAUCUCAAUGCUCGCAGAGAGAGAAAGAGAACUAGACGAUCAAGAAAGAGCCCCAAGCUUAGUCUGCACCUACGAGCAAUUCAACUUUCGCCACUCUUACUCUUCCUACAUCACUCUUAUCCUUAAACUCGGCCGUGGCAAACACCUCUCUCUCAUUGACCACCUUCUCUUUCGACUCAAAUCAAUUGACAUGGUCACCCCAUCCCUCUUCUCCCAUGUUAUUAAACUCUAUGGUGAGGCUCAUAUGCCUGAUAGGGCCCUCAAGACCUUCUAUACCAUGAUCGAAUUUGGUUGUAAGCCUUCCACCAAACACUUGAACCGCAUUCUUGAGAUUCUUGUUUGUCACCGGACCUAUAUUCGACCAGCUUUUGACCUUUUCCGAAAUGCCCAUCGCUACGGUGUUGAACCUAAUACAAAAUCUUACAAUGUUUUGAUGCGUGCGUUUUGCUUUUGUGGAGAUCUCAGUAUUGCAUACAAGCUGUUCAAUGAAAUGUUUAAGAGGGAUGUUUGUCCGGAUGUUCAGUCGUAUCGGAUUCUGAUGCAGGGCCUGUGUAGACAAAGUCAGGUGAAUACGGCGGUGGACUUGUUGGAGGACAUGUUAAACAAAGGGUUUGUACCAGACACGUUGAGUUAUACCACUUUGUUGAAUAGUUUGUGUAGGAAAAAGAAGCUAAGGGAGGCAUAUAAGCUUCUUUGUAGGAUGAAAUUUAAGGGAUGCAACCCCGAUAUUGUUCACUAUAAUACAGUUAUUUUAGGAUUUUGUAGAGAAGGGCGUGCAAUGGAUGCUUGCAAGAUUCUUGAGGAUAUGGCAUCAAAUGGGUGCUUGCCGAACUUGGUCUCAUAUCGAACUCUAGUUAAUGGAUUAUGUGAUGCGGGAAUGUUUGACGAGGCAAAAAAAUAUAUGGAGGAAAUGACAACAAAAGGAUUAUCUCCACAUUUCUCUGUCAUUCAUGCUCUAGUCAAGGGGUAUUGUAAUGUUGGUAGGGCCGAGGAAGCUUGUGGAGUACUAGGGGAGGUGCUAAAGCACGGGGAAGCUCCUCAUGUCAAUACUUGGAUGACAAUAAUACCCAGGAUUUGUGAAACUGGAGGAUUGGGAAAAGUUUUGGAAGAUAUUAUGAGGAUAGAAAUAAAGCGUCACACUAGAAUAGUGGAAGCAGGUGUUAGUUUGGAGGACUACCUUAUCAGGAAGAUACAAGUUAACCCAAGGAAAUCUUAAUUUGUAUUUUGGUAAAUGGCCAACUGGUUUGUUCUUACCUUUAUAACAUGGGGGAUGCUUACAUUUAU